AAUAAUACAAUUCAACUGCACUAUCUUCGUUCUCAUUUCGAGGAAAAGGUGCAGAAGAAAAUGGAAAUUACAAAUGGAUCCGAAUCUUGCCAUUAACGUCGUUACGAUAUAACUUUACUCACAACUUUGUACGUCCUGGAAAUGUAGCAUUGUAGUCAUGUGUAGGUGUAGCCUUGUGCACAUUUGACUCAUUUGGUAAUAUUCACUUAUCAAAUGCAGACACGGUUUUUUUACCUACUCAAGAUUUGGUGGGUCGGUUAAUUGGGGAAAUGCGGCGUAAUCUACAGAUGCGGGACUGCAAUAAUGGUGAAUCAGAAGGGGUUAACAGUCUAGAUUCUGAGCAUCUACUUAUGGCUUUAAGAAAGAUCGUGAUCCCUAUUGUGGAGGAUUGUAUUUCGAAAGUGGGGAUCCAUUCUGUUCAGCAAGUUAUAGGACCUAUUAUGGAAGAUUCAUUUCAAAAGGUAAAAGAUGAAAUUCAGUUGGUAGUUGAAAAAAAAUUGAUUUACCAGAAUUGGAACUCUAUGGACGGGACAACUACUCUGAUACCAAGAGAUUAUAAGCUGAAAUUCUUAGACGACGUGUCUGAACCAGUUUAUACAGGGAGGGAAAUUGAAGGAAAAGAAGGAACCGACAUUAAAGUUGCUCUAGUCGAAAGUGUAACUGAGGAUACUAUUGACUUCGGGCCUGAAUCCUCAGCAACGGUGGAGAUAUUAUUUCUUGAUGCAGGUGUUGAAGACUUCAACAAUAGCAUUAUUAUAGCAAACAAUAAGCCUCAUUUUCGUAAACCUGUCUAUGUUAAUCUGGAGAAAGGCGUUGGUACUUGGCCUAAGAAUGUCAAGUUAGGACACAGUUCUGCGUGGAUAAAGGGCUGCAAAUGCAGACUUGGGGCAAGAGUUGUGCAAAAAUUUGAUGGAAGUAGAAUUAAAGAAGCAUCAACAGAGUCAUUUACAGUCUUAGACAAGCGCAGCAAAUUAUACAAGAAGCACGACCAACCGUCUCUUUUUGAUGAAGUGUGGAGAUUAAAAAAUAUUGGCAAAAAUGGUGCUCGACACAAAUAUUUGCAGAAGAGUAACAUUUCUACAGUACAGCAAUUUCUGUUUUUACUCUCUGUUGAUCCUCAGAGGCUCCAAAAAAUAUUUCAUGCAGGCCCUCAGAUAUGGAAGGGCACAGUGGAUCAUGCUUGUAAAUGCGACAUUGAUGAUAAAAAGCUGUAUUUACACUACUCUUCCACCUCUGAAUGUAAAGAUGGCGUAGUUUUUGAUGUUGUGGGACAAUUGAAAGGGAUUCUGCAUAACAACCAUUAUGUUCCAAUUGAAAGUGUAGCUCAGGCUGAAAAGGAAGAUGCACGGAAGUUACUAGCAUGUGCAUUUGAAAAUCAGAAUGGCGCAGGAGCACCUGCACCUGCAUCUGCAUCUGAAAAUGAGAAGAAGGCAUCUGCAUUUGAUAAUUGGAACGAUAUGGUCUCUUUCGAUGAUGAAGCUUCUUUUCUGCGUAGUCUUCCGGGCAUAUCCAUUGAUAAGAAUGCCACCAACUCUACCGGACUGGACGGUCAUUUUGGCCAAUAUCUUGGAAACGCAGAUUAUUUGAAUGAACUGCCUUCCUGGUUUGCGGACAGGGGAGCAAAUUCAUUCUCUGAUCCUCUGCCUCCGUGGGGAUUUGAUGAUGGUUAUGAUAUAAUGGCUUCCUAUCCUUCUGAGACCUGCAUGGUUGAGUCAAAUUCUGAUCAACAAAGUAUUGUAAGCAGGAUCAGCAUUGUUGGUGUUGUUAUGACUUUAAGAUGGUGGUUUCGAGCAAAAAAGAGGGUUGCAUUUCCUGGAGAUGGACGCGUUCAGAAAAGGCAGAGGCAUGGAUGACAGGCUGCGAACUUUGGAUUUGCAUUUCUUAGGCCCACGGCCACUCAGACGGAAGAUGAUCAAUACGGAUAAUGAAUAAUCAUCAUUCGAAAAUUCCAGUUGCUGGCGUUAGUGCUGCCAAUGCUGCUAGUAAGUUAUGUGGUGUAGUGCAAGUGUUGGAUAAUUUUCUUUUUGUAUUUCAUCAUAUAGUAUUUAGAUGGAAAAAGCCUGAAGUACAGGAAAUUUCUUACUGAAUUCGUACGGAUGUUGACGUGGCAGAACUCGAUUCACCUUUUUUUUUUUUUUUCUUGUGUUUUUUCCAUCUUCCAAUAAUUUCAUGCCAUGUACUUGUAGCAUGAUUAUCCAAUCGAAAAUUUGUGUUCCAGUGUCUAAAAUAUAUGAUCUUUACUAGUUGAGUCUGUA